AUGGCGGCAAACAACCUCUACCAGUAUUCGGUUCUUAGCGCUCUCAUGGCUGGCAUCUGCCAAACUGGAAUCACCGUUGGAGAAAUCCUCACCAAUGGCGAUCAUGGCCUCGGCACCGUUUCCAAUCUGAACGGGGAGAUAGUAAUUGUCGAUGGCGACGCCUACCAGAUUCCUCCAGGCGAGGAGCUCCGAAAAGUUGACUUUUCUGAUGUUCUACCCUUCGCCAUGAUCACUCGAUUCAGACCUACCAUGGAGAAGUCUUUGCGUUUUCUUACUUUGGACACGCUUUCAGAGGCACUGGAGCCUCUGCUUCCUUCCCGACAAAACUGUUUUUUGUCAAUUCGUGUGGACGCGUUGUUCGACAAUCUGAAGUUUCGUGUGAUAGCGGCACAGUCCAAGCCCCGGGAGUCUCUCGCAGAGUUGGCCAAGCGACAGCAAGUCCUGGCUCAUAGAGAUAUCGAGGGUACUCUCUUUGGAUUUUGGUCCCCGGCUUUCAGUGGGGGAUUCAGCGUCAAGGGCUUCCAUUUACAUUUUUUGUCUCGAUGCAAAACUCGAGCCGGCCACGUAUUGGAGUUUGAUUCAAGAGACGUCAGACUCCAAGCGGCCAUUAUUCGUGAGUACACGGUGGAGUUGCCUCAGAACAAAGACUUCAAUGAGGAGGUAAUUGGACGUGUCAGGGAGGAGGACCUUCAUGCGGCGGAAGGGGGAUAG